GGGGCCUCGGGGCGCGGCCGCGCGAGGUGACCCGAGUCUGGGUUCCCCCGGGCAGCGACUGCAGAGCGCAGCGCCCGCGGCCUCGAGCAGAUUAAUUUUAAAACUGGAAGUUUGUAUCUUUUGCUGGAUAUUGGAAAUUAAGUCUAAUGGCAGCAGACUUUAUAAAGAGUUGCUGUAAAGGAUGUUUCUAUGGUGAAACAGAAAAGCACACCUUUUCUGUGGAGAGAGACUUUAAAGCAAAAGUUUCGAAUAGUCAAAAUACUACUAUCUGUACACCUCCAUUGACUUCUGUUUCUGUAAAGCCUCAGGUUGGCUGUACUGAGGAUUAUUUACUUUGCAAAUUACCAUCUGAUGGCAAAGAAGUACCAUUUGUGGUGCCCAGGUUUAAGUUAUCUUAUAUUCAGCCCAGGACGCAAGCAACUCCUUCACAUCUGGAAGAACUCGAAGGAUCUGCCAGAGCAUCUUUUGGAGAUCGGAAGGUGGAACUUUCUGGUUCAUCCCAGCAUGUCCCCAGCUAUGAUGUCUAUAACCCAUUCUAUAUGUAUCAGCACGUUUCACCUGAUCUGAGUCGGCGCUUUCCUCCUCGUUCGGAAGCGACGAGAUUAUAUGGAUCAGUUUGUGAUUUAAGGACCACCAAACUUCCUGGCUCCCCUGGGCUGAGCAAGUCUAUGUUUGAUCUUACAAGUUCAUCUCAGAGAUUCAUCCAGAGAGAUGAUUCGUUCUCCAGCGUGCCCAGUAGUUGUUCGUCAAGGAAGAAUUCUCAGGGGAGUAACCGAAGCCUGGAUACAAUUACUCUGUCAGGAGACGAAAGAGAGUUCGGGAGAUUGAACGUGAAAGUAUUUUAUAAUUCUUCAGUAGAGCAGAUCUGGAUCACGGUUUUACAGUGCAGAGAUUUAACUUGGCCCUCUAGUUAUGGAGACACUCCUACUAUUUCUAUAAAAGGAACGCUAACACUGCCCAAACCAGUGCAUUUCAAAUCUUCAGCCAAGGAAGGCUCCAAUACUAUUGACUUUAUGGAAACUUUUGUAUUUGCUAUUAAACUCCAAAGUCUGCAAACUGUGAAGCUUGUAUUUAAGAUUCAAACCCAGACUCCCAGGAAGAAGACAAUCGGAGAAUGCUCACUGUCACUCAGAAGUCUGAGCACACAGGAGACAGAUUACUCUCUGGAUAUAACACCACUUUCAAAAAUUUCUGUUUGCCAUGCAGAGCUUGAAUUGGGGACUUGCUUUCAAGCAGUAAAUAGCAGAAUUCAGUUACAGAUUCUUGAGGCACAAUACCUCCCAAGCUCAUCAACACCUCUGACUUCGAGUUUUUUUGUGAAGGUGGCAAUGUUUAGCUCAGGAGAGUUGAUUUAUAAGAAGAAGACACGCUUGCUGAAGGCCUCCAAUGGAAGAGUAAAGUGGGGAGAGACUAUGAUCUUUCCGCUUAUACAGAAUGAAAAAGAAAUUAUUUUUCUCAUUAAGCUUUAUAGUCGAAGCUCCGUGAGAAGAAGACACUUUGUGGGGCAGAUUUGGAUAAGUGAAGACAGUAAUAACGUCGAAGCAGUGAACCAGUGGAAAGAGACAGUUACAAACCCAGAAAAGGCCUUCAGCAGAUUAAAAGAUGCCCACCCACACUGGAGAGAGCCGUUUACUGAGUCCACUGAUGCACAUGCUAGUCUCGUCCGGAGAAACCCUCACAGACGCACCCAGAAAUGGUGUUUAAUCUGGGCACCCCUGGCCAGUAAAGUUGACACAUGAAAUUAACUAUGAUAGACACUUGCUGGUAUUCUCUUGAGGCUUCAGCUAUGCUUGUCCAACAAUAAAUUUCAAAUGCUUGAAGUGUUACCUGAAACAUUGAAUUGAGGAAAGAAUGAUGAAAGGUGGGUGCCAAUCAAGUGCGAUGUGCAUUUUGAAAUACAGAUUUAAGACUAAAAAAGAUAUUAAAAGAGUCAGUGUAGCCCUCCAAAAUUGCGUUGUAUUUUAUGGAUGAUGAAUUAUCUGAAGAUGAAUGCUACCUACAUUUUCAGUAGUUUCCUAGUGGAAAAUGUUUUUUAAAUAAGUAAUUACUGAUUUUUAAAUUUUUUCAAGUAUGAAAAAUCUGAUCCCUAAAAUAGCUAUAUUUUAUUAGUUGUUAAAACUGAUAACCAAAUUAAAUCAUACGACUAUAACUGUGUUAACUAUAUGACUAUAUUAAAUCAUAGGGCUCUGAUAACAGAGGAGAUGUCUAGAAAGAAAGUUCUGUACAUCUUCUCAGAUGGCUAAAAUGUCUCUGAUUCUAUGCUGUGCUAAGUCACUGAACGAGAUGUGUGUUUUAGAUAUGUGUUUAGAUGAUGUUUAUUCAGUCUUGAUUUUCAUAUUCUCAUGCUGUGGAAUUCGUUUUCUGGGUCACAAUUUUGUAGUUUCUGAAGCAGCAGGAUGAUAAAAAAUAUCUACCCUUCGUGAUAGGACUAAAUUUAUUUUAACAGAGAUAAGUUUGGUGGACUGUGGCUCUUAAUUGUCUUUUAGUUCAAUUUCUGGGUCCUUAAUCUUUCUUGAUUAUACAAUGUAUGGAAACUUAAUCUUGAAACAACUAAAUUUUUAAUUGAGCUAUUUUAUAUAUUUAAUAAUUAAAUGCAAAAAAAUCUAUAUAGUUCUCCAUGCAAAGAACACUUCUAGGUACUUUCAGGGGUACAAAGAUGAAUAAGCCAUCACUCUUUACCCUGGGGUUUUAUAUUUUAGUAGAGAAAUAAUAUAAAGCAGAAAUGUAGUAAAAAGCAGGAUUUGAGGUAUGGACAAAGUGCUUUAGAGGCCCAAAUAAAGAAUUAAGUGCAGCUGAAGGAAUUAGGAAAGGUUUGGUAUGGCCCUGAUCUGAAGCACACAAAUCAGGCAGAUUGGUAGCACUAUGAAUUCCUGAUCACUGAGUCUGCCUAACUAGCAAUCUUACUUCAUUUCUUUUGUCAGCUGACUCGCUGUGAAAAAGUUUAUUCUCCCUUCCACUCUCUUCUAACCUUCAAUCCACCUGCUCCUUUCUUUACUCUUCGUAGAUCUUAUUUUGUGCUUUACAAGGAAAGCAAUGUCAGGCAUUCCUUCAACUUCCCACCGUCAUAUCCACAAGCUGAUUUUUGCCUAUAUCCAUCUUCGGUUGUGUUAGAAAGUCAGCCCUUGCUUGUGAAUUCUGGUCCAAGCCUCUCUGCUUUUUCAGGGAUCUCAUUGUAUUUAUUGUGCCUGUUCUCUCCUGUUUCUUGAACCUCUUCUUCUCUGCUUUAUUCUUCUUAGCAUCAUCAAAACCUCCCUGGUGCAUGCAUGACUGUCUCAAAAUAGGUUGGUGAUGCGUUCAAUGGAAAGAACUCAACACACCAUAAUGUGGGGGUUAGGUUUCUGCACUGAUGAAGGGACCUCUGGAAACAUAAUGCAGAGUCACGGCAGCGCACUCCCUGUGGAGAUAUGUCUUCCCAGGUCCCCAGAGUUCGCCCUGGGGCAGGCUGCUGUGAACGAGUCUCCAUGUGGCCAGUGAAGAUUCCCAGAAGCUCUUUUUGCAUUCUGACAGGACUUUUUAUUCUUUCCUCAUUUUCCUUCUCCCACCUGACCAUUCAUUCCAAGCAUAGCCUUCAUUUCUGCUUACUUGGCAGAUGUUAGUAACUAGUAGAAAAUAUUCCCAAUAAAUUCCUGAGUACUUACCAAGAAUUUAAACGCUAUAAUACCCCAAUGAACAGGAGGGUUAGUUUCUCAGCAUACGGUCUCUUAGGUCACCUACGCUCCAGACCUCUCUGGUCUGUUUAUUUCUUCUAAAAAAUUCCUAGACCUCCCACUCUGUUCUAGAUUCUGCCUUAUCCAGUCUCCUCUUUAUAGAUAAUUUCUGACCGUUCUUAGCCUAUUCUCUUCAGCCCCCUCCCCACCACUCCACUGAGCCUCAUGCCAAAGUCUUCACAAGUGCUUUGCAGCUGUUUUUUUUUAUUACUCAUCAACUUUAUUAACAAUAGACCUCUCCCUGCUUCUUGAAACUGUUGCUUCCCUUAGCUUUCCUGUCAUUAUGCUCAGCUUGUUGUCUUAUUACCUUUCUAGCGUUUCCUUUUCUUUCUUAUCUGUUGGCUCAUCUUCAUGCCCUUGACCUUUAAAAAUGGGGAGUUCUUCAGGACUUAGUCCUAGACUGUCUUCUGUUUUCAUUCUGCAUUGUCCCUUUGGGCAUUCUCGUCUCUCCCCAUGGCUUAAAAUGCUAUUUACUGACUAAAGGCUGCUAAAUUUCUGUCUUGACUCAAAUCUUGCUUAUGAGCCACACUAUCGUAUAGCUAAGGUGAACAUCUUUUCUUGAAUGUAUCCCGACCCAAACUUAUAAUUUUCCAUUCCUACCACAAAUCUAGCCUGCACUGUUCCCCAUCUAAGUAAAAGGAACUAUCCGCCUGGUUGGUCAUCCCAGAACCCUAGGAGUCACCUUGGCACACCACUCUCUCUCAUCUCCCAUACUCAGUGUCACCCUAUUUAGAAAUGUACGUCCUAAGUAGAUGUUGAAUCCACCCCCUUCCCUGUCUCCACUUUAGCUUCCCUAGUCAAAGACAACGUCAUCUCGCACCUGUAGUGCUGUACUUUCUCCAUAAUUGGUCUUCCUGCCUCCCUCUUCUUCCUCUCUAGUCCAUUCUCCACCCAGCAGCCAGAGUGAUACUUUUAAAAUGCAGAUCUGAUCAUCACUCCUUAUUUCCCAUUGUUCUUGGUGUGAAGUCCAAAAUCCUUAACAUGGUCUACAAAGCCCUGCAUGGUCUGAGCUCUGUCUUCCAUUCCAGCCUCUUGAACUACUCCCUCUGAUCUGUUUUCACUUCUUGGAAGACAGUACAUGCCCAGCUCCCUCAGGAUCUCUACACACGUUGCUUCAUCUAUGUGGAAUAACUUUCCUCUUCACUCUUCCCUUGGCUAAACCCUAAGCUUUUUUGGGUGCUAGCUUCAAUGUCUAUUCCUCAGAAAAGUAUUUUUUUUUACAUCUUAGGCAAUGUUGGAUCCUAUUUUCAUAUACUUUAUAAUUUCCCAUUAUAGGUUUUAUCAUAAUUGUGAUCAAAUAAUUACAUAAAUUUUCCUUAAUGUCUCUCCUGCACUGCAGUUUCCAUGAAAGCAGGGUCAUGUUUAUUGCUUCAUUCCUGAAGUGAACUCAGUACCUAGCACGUAAGAGGGACAUAGUAAAUAUUUGUUUAUUCAUUAAUUUAACUGAUAGGCAGUGUUUUGACUGUUAGGGAUAUAGUAGUGAAUAAACAGAAAAAACUGAAUGAA